AUGGAGAUCCGGCAACACGAGUGGCUCUCGUCCUCCCCCCACGAGGGCUUCGAGCAGAUGAGGCUCAAAAGCCGCCCCAAGGAGCCCUCCCCGAGCCUCACUCGAGUAGGUGCGAACUUCUACAGCAGCGUCAAACAGCAAGACUACAGUGCCAGUGUCUGGCUCCGGAGGAAAGACAAAUUGGAGCACUCCCAGCAAAAGUGCAUUGUGAUCUUUGCUCUGGUAUGUUGCUUCGCCAUCCUGGUUGCCUUGAUCUUUUCAGCUGUGGACAUCGCAGGAGAGGAUGAGGAUGGACUCUCAGAAAAGAAUUGUCAAAAUAACUGUCGAAUUGCUCUGGUGGAGAACAUUCCUGAAGGCCUUAAUUAUUCGGAAACAGCACCAUUCCAUUUGUCGCUUUUCCAAGGUUGGAUGAAUUUGCUCAACAUGGCCAAAAAGUCUGUUGACAUAGUGUCUUCUCAUUGGGACCUCAACCACAGUCAUCCAUCAGCAUGCCAGGGUCAGCGUCUUUUUGAAAAGUUGCUACAAUUGGCUGCUCGAAAUAUUGAGAUCAAAUUAGUAAGUGAUUCAACAGUCCAGUCAAAGGUUUUGGAAGACUUGAAAGUAAAGGGUGCGGAGGUGACAUACAUAGACAUGAACGCUUACAACAAAGGUCGGCUGCAAUCAUCCUUCUGGAUCGUUGACAAACAGCACAUUUACAUUGGUAGUGCCAGCUUGGACUGGAGGUCACUAGGGCAGAUGAAAGAACUUGGUGUUAUCUUUUACAACUGCAGCUGUCUGGUCCUAGAUUUACAAAGAAUAUUUGCCUUGUAUAGCUCAUUAAGAUAUAAGAGCAGAGUGCCUCAAACUUGGUCAAAGAGGUUGUAUGGAGUGUAUGACAAUCAAAAAAAGCUACAACUUCAGCUGAAUGAAACAAAGUCUCAAGCAUUUGUGUCGAAUUCUCCUAAAGUCUUUUGCCCUAAAAAUAGGAGCUUUGACAUUGAUGCCAUCUACAGUGUCAUUGAUGAUGCUAAGGAGUUUGUGUUCAUUGCUGUAAUGGAUUACCUCCCUGUCUCUAACACAAGCACUAAAAGAACUUACUGGCCAGAUUUGGAUGGGAAAAUAAGAGAAGCAUUAGUUUUACGAAGAGUUAAAGUUCGACUCCUCAUUAGUUUCUGGAAGGAAACAGACCCUCUCACAUUUAACUUUGUUUCAUCUCUUAAAGCUAUUUGCACUGAAAUUGCCAACUGCAGUCUGAAAGUUAAGUUCUUUGAUUUAGAAAGAGAGAGUGCCUGCUCCACAAAAGAACAAAAGAACAAUUCCUUUCCCAAGUUAAACAGAAAUAAAUACAUGGUAACUGACGGAGCAGCUUACAUUGGGAAUUUUGAUUGGGUAGGAAAUGAUUUUACCCAGAAUGCUGGCACAGGCCUUGUUAUCAACCAGGCAGAUGUGGAAAACAGCACAAGCAUCAUAAGGCAACUGAAAGGAGUGUUUGAAAGGGACUGGUAUUCACCCUAUGCCAAAAACUUACAACCAACAAAACAGCCAAACUGCUCCAGCCACAAACUUAACAAAUUGGUAACAAACAAGACUGCUGCAGCAUACAAUACAAGCGAGAAUGACCCCUUGAGUGUACAACAUGAAUGA